GCAAAGCUAAGCCAAUAGGAUGCUCGAAGGUGAAGUCGUCCCGCCUUAAGCCGAGGGGCCCAAUAGGAAGCGCGGGCGGCGUGUUUGAAAGUGAGGCCAAAGAGGGUGGGAGCGUGUGCUGCUGGGAGUUGUUUGGAGGUUGGCGGCGCGGUGCUGACGAUCCUUUGGCAGAGCGAUCAUGUCGCACAAACAAAUUUACUAUUCGGACAAAUACGACGACGAGGAGUUCGAGUAUCGGCAUGUCAUGUUGCCCAAGGACAUAGCCAAGCUGGUCCCUAAAACCCAUUUGAUGUCUGAAUCUGAAUGGAGGAAUCUUGGUGUUCAGCAGAGUCAGGGAUGGGUCCAUUAUAUGAUCCAUGAACCAGAACCUCACAUCUUGCUGUUUCGGCGGCCGCUGCCCAAGAAGCCAAAGAAAUGAAGCUGGAGAACCGCUUUGCAGCCUCAAGCUUCACACAGCAGUCCUCAUUUGCUAACAUCUUUCUGAUAAAAUUAUGUUGCCUUCUUGUUUCUCACUUUGAUAUUUAAAGGAUGUUUCAAAUACACUGUUUGGAUGUGCGGGUGGCUGCUUUGCUUCUUCAGAGCCAGCAGCACACAGCCCAGCCAGACCAAGGCUUUUGGGGCUGCAGCUUCGGCUGAGUGUGACCCCAGAAACCACGGUGAGCUCUGUGUCUAGCAGAUCACACCUGGCAGAUGGAGGAAGCACCUAACACGACCAUGGCUGUUACAGGGACUGUGGAAACUUGCUGUUUUGUUUUUUUCCUGCCAGGUGUUUUGUGUAUGGUGAUUUAUGUUUCAAUGUGUUGGAAACUUUCCAUUUUAUUCAAGAAAUCUGUUUCAUGUUAAUAGCCUGAUUAAAGAGGAAGUUUUUAUAAUCUAA